AUGAUAUAUUUUGGCACUCAAAAAGAACGCAUUUUGUGUUCAACACAAGAAAUAUAUUUGAAGGCGAAAUUUACAGUUCAGAAAGGCAGUGACUGUAAAUUCAUGAUUGGUAAUGACAGAGAGUUUCUGUUAAAAAUCCAAUUCACAACACAAGUUGACGAAGAAAAGUUUGAGUUGAAUGUUGAACAUUCCAUCCCAGUGAAUAUCAAGAAAGGUUGUGCAGUAGAGUUUACAAUGACUGUUCAUCCAUUGUGUACACUUGAGAAGACUGUUGACAUCACUUGUUCAGUCUUAAACAUCAACAAAAACAAUUUCAGAUAUUAA